AUGUAUCCAAAUUCUCGAUCAAAUAGACAUAGUUACCGGUUAAAAUUGGAAUCUAACUUUCAUGACAUCUUACUUAAGAUAGAUGAUUUUCAUUGGCUAAACAAAUUCUCAACAUAUCUUAUCUUGCCUUUUUUAUUUCUAUAUUGUCUUCAUAUUUUUCUUUAUCACUUCUUUUUUCUUCGGAGAUUGGGUUAUAUCGAGGAUCUUUUUUCUCUUUUACCUGUUCCUAUUUUUGUUUCUCUUUUUUCUUUUCUAGAGACUGUAUCUUGUCUUUCUUUCUUUUCUUUUUUCGGAUUAAUUUUAUAUCUAUCAUAUUCAUAUUCUACUUCAAUUUCUAUCUAUCUAUCUAUCUAUCUAUCUAUCUAUCUAUCUAUCUAUCCGUCUGUCUGUCUUUCUGUCAUAGUUCCUAUCUUUCUAUCUAUCUCCUUCUAUUUUGCUUCAUUUCUUUUAUCCUCUCUUUUUUGUUUCACUAUACUUAUUCAUUCAUGCUCCUCUUUUCUUAAUUUCUUUCUUUCUCUAUUCUUUUCUUUCUUUAUUCCUUACCUUAUUCUCUCUUUUUCUCAAAAUUAUUUUCCUUCUUACUUUCUUUCUUUGUCUUUCUUUUCUUCCAUAUUUUCUUUAUCUUGCUUCCUUUUUCUACUUUCUUGCUCUUACUUCUUCUUUCUUUCUUUGUUGUCCCUGCAUUCGAAUCCGGACACAGUGAUGACAACUCCAGAGUCUGAAAACCAAUGUUAG